GCUGGACGGAAGCCCGGGGAAUCUCCUCCUCCAGAGGACUGGUGUGGUCAGGUGGCUCAAUCCUUCCUUCCUCAGCACAGUGGACAGAACCGCCCUCUGCCCAGCCGGUCCCCAACAGCUUCUCUACGCCAGUUCAUCUCCAGUAAGGUCACUGGCUUCUUUUAUUGUUCAAGAAAGGAGAGUCCCUAUCCUAUACAGAGGGGGAAAAAAUGUUCUUCUGGGUGUUAGCCCUCCUAAUCCUUUGUGGUUUUCUAUGGAAUUAUAAAAGACAACUAAAGAUUUCAGACAUCACAGAUAAGUAUAUUUUCAUAACUGGUUGUGACACUGGCUUUGGAAAUUUGGCAGCCAGAACUUUUGAUAAAAAAGGAUUUCGUGUAAUUGCUGCCUGUCUGACUGAAUCACAGUCAACAGCUUUAAAGGCAGAAACCUCAGAAAGGCUUCACACUGUGCUUCUGGAUGUAACCAACCCUGAGAAUGUCAAGAGGACUGCCCAGUGGGUGAAAAAUCAAGUUGGGGAAAAAGGUCUCUGGGGUCUGAUCAACAAUGCCGGCGUUCUCGGCGUGCUGGCUCCCACCGACUGGCUAACAGUGGAGGACUACAGAGAACCUAUUGAAGUGAACUUGUUUGGCCUCAUCAAUGUGACUCUAAAUUUGCUUCCCUUGGUCAAAAAAGCUCAAGGAAGGAUUAUCAAUAUCUCCAGCAUUGGAGGUCGGCUGGCGUUCAGUGGAGGGGGUUAUAAUCCAUCCAAAUAUGCAGUAGAAGGCUUCAAUGACAGCUUAAGACGGGACAUGAAAGCUUUUGGUGUACACGUUUCAUGUAUUGAACCAGGAUUAUUCAAAACAGGAUUAUCAGAUCCAAUAAAAGCCACUGAAAAAAAACUUGCCAUUUGGAAGCAUCUGUCUCCAGAUAUCAAACAACAGUAUGGAGAAGGUUACAUUCAAAAAAGUCUAGACAAGCUGAAAGGCACAACUUCCUUUGUGAACGUGGACCUCUCCCUGGUGGUGGAGUGCAUGGACCACGCGCUCACAAGUCUCUUCCCAAAAACCCAUUAUGUUGCUGGGAGAGAUGCCAAGACCUUCUGGAUACCUCUGUCUCACAUGCCAGCAGUUUUGCAAGACUUCUUAUUGUUGAAACAGAAAGUAGAGCUGGCUAAUCCCAAGGCGGUGUGACCGGUGUGACUCAGCAAACAACAAAUGCCUACCCCAGGCUAUGAGAUUGGCUGCUUUCAAGGGCAUAUCUCCUUUUUGGUCUCAUUCCUUACUAAUCCAACCCAGACUCAUUUAGAUCAUUCAGAUGUGCUUCUUUG